AUGAUACUGAGCCCACAACGCUGUGCAUUUCUCACCGACCGCCGGGUUCCACUUGGCAAACUGUGCCAUCUUGCUAACCAUGCCGGGCUGGAUCGGCGAGGGAGUCGAAACACCGUUUCCUGGGUUGGUGGGGGUUCCGCCGAUAACACCAAUGCACACGUGGUAGCCACUGCAAUCCUCCUCCACGGCGGGAUUCCACUUGAAGAAGUCAUUAAAGUCAAACGUCUUGUAUUUGGCAAUGAUCUUGGUGCAAGUGUCUCCCUUGGCAGCCUUGUAGAAGGAUGUGCAUGUGUCGAUGAGCCCGUCUUGAUGGGCUCAGGCUCAGCGUCCUCAGUUGAACAAAGAUAUUGCAUUGUUUCGCAACACAUUCUUCCCAGUCACCAAUUCAACUUUAGUGUGAUUGACUAUUCUUUCCAAGACGUUCUUUCGGGCUUACCUGUCCCUUUCAACAAGACCAAGAUGCGUUUCCGCGUCUUGUUUUUCGCUGUGCUGCUGCUGCUAUGCAGAGGCAUAGCAGCAGCCGACAGCACGACCUGCAGCGCAACCAAGAGGUGUGAGCAGGGAUGCUGCAACAAGUCUGGCAACUGUGGAUUUGGCCCCGAUUAUUGUGGAGAAUCCGUCUGCCGUUCUGACUGUAACAGAAAGUCAGAGUGCAAUCCCGGUUUUGGCAGCAGUUGGGCCACGAAAGACAAGUGCCCUCUGAAUGUCUGCUGCUCGAAGCAUGGAUACUGCGGUACAACCAAGGAUUUCUGUGGAAGCAAGACAGUUAAGCGUCCGAGCUGUGAGAAGGGCGGCGAAAUGGAACGCGUCGUCGGCUACUUCGAAGGCUGGGCCAGAGACCGACCUUGUGAGGUCUUCUCGCCUGAACAGAUCCCUAUCGGUCUGUAUACGCAUAUCAACUUUGCUUUUGGCACCAUCAACCCAAAAACGUUCACACUUGAAGCUAAUACGCUUGAUGAUAAGGCAAUGUAUGAAAGGCUGAUGUUUCUAAAGAAGAAGGACAAGAGACUCAAGAUCUAUCUUGCUAUUGGCGGGUGGACAUUCAAUGAUCCCGGUCCUACAGCUAACGUCUUCUCCGAUUUGGCUGCAUCAAAUGACAAUCAACAGAAGUUCUUCAACUCUCUCCAGUCUUUCAUGGCGAAGCAUAAGUUCGAUGGCCUGGACUUGGACUGGGAAUAUCCUGUUGACGACAAGCGUGGCGGCAAGGAAGACGAUUACUACAACUUUCCCAAGUUCAUGCAGAAGUUGAGGAAGUUGAUGAACUCAGGCGACAAAGGCUUAACUAUCACCCUUCCUGCAUCCUACUGGUACUUACAGUACUUUGAUAUCAAGAAGCUGGCAAGUAUAUUUCCAGAAUCCACGGUUGACUUUUUCAACAUUAUGUCCUACGACCUGCACGGCGCUUGGGACCAGCACGUCAACUGGACUAAGCCCUAUCUCAAUGCCCAUACCAAUUUGACCGAGAUCGAGUCAGCACUGGAUCUUCUUUGGCGCAACGACAUCAGCCCGAGCAAGGUUGUCAUGGGCCUAGGAUUCUAUGGUCGUGCCUUUACUGUCCAAUCUGCAGCAUGCAAAGAUCCCGGCUGCCUGUUUAAUGGGCCGGCUAAUGCAGGCAGUUGCAGCCGAGAAAAGGGUAUCUUGCUCAACUCGGAAAUCCAAAAUGAGAUCGAGAAGCGCAAGCUGAAACCCAAGCUCUACGAAGAGGAGGCCGUUCAGGUGGUGACAUGGGGCAAGCAAUGGGUGUCCUAUGAUGAUGAAGAGACGCUUCAGAUCAAGGUUGACCGUGCGGGAGAAAGAUGCCUGGGCGGUGUUAUGGUCUGGGCAAUCAGUCACGAUACAAAAGAUGCCAGGUACAAUAAGGCAUUGGCCGGCAUACUUGGACGUGAAUGGACGAGCGGUUCCCUUGACGAUGACGAGAAGACAGGCACGUGGGUGAAGAAGCCUUACGAGCAAUGUCGAUGGACAAACUGCAAGGAAUCAUGCCCUAAGGGCUGGGUGCACGUUGGCCGUCUCGACAAAGGUGCUCGGAAGAAUGAGCUGAUGUAUGACGAGACUGGCUGUGGUGGUGAUGGAUCGCAUCUCUUCUGCUGUCCUCCCGACCAAGAUAUUCCCCACAUGAAGGUCUACGGCGAGUGCACAUGGGGAGCGUAUCCCGAGUGUGACAGCAAGCCCGAGUGUCCCUCGGGCUACCACGAUGUGCCCGUGGCUAGGUCCGGGUCAGGCUCUGGUGGCCUGGAGUGCAAUAACCUGAGGAAUGCGAUUGGCAAUGAAAUUUUGGGCGUACAGAUGCGCAACUACUGCUGCGGCACCAAGCAAGACUUGCAGUUCACCGACUGCCAGAUCUUUCGCAACGUUGGCCCUAUGAUUCCAGGAUAUCCCGAAGGAACCUGUCGCAGCAAUUGCCCUAGCGACCGCGUCCGCAAACGCGGUCUAUCGUCUUCAUCUACUGAGCUCGCUGUCCGGGCCGAACACCCCGCGGACAUGUCGCCUCUGGACCUCCUUACCAGAAUACUUGGUCGUUUAGGCAGUGAUGCUAUGCUACCUCAGAUGUACCUCAUCUGGAACACUGCUAUUCGAGAUCGCCAUUUUUAUCUGCAAGUUACCUACAUGUCCAACUACAUCAGAAACAAUUGGCGAUUCGACUGGGAGGGCCCUGCUGUGUUCGCCCGCAAGGUUCUGUGCUAUCCCGCCUACUGGGCCGCGCAGAUCGAAGCCUUCUUGAACGGUGACAAGGACGGUGAUACUCUACUUCUCAACUGUACGGAAUCAGCCCUCUGUUAUUCUGAUGGAGACUGUGGGGAGCUGGGCGAGGACGCUAAGGCCGACAACAAACGUCGUCAUGCCGCCUUGUUUGGCCGACAUUCAAACCACCUCUCCCAUUCAAGCCACCACUCUCACCAUCACCACCUGGCUGCCCGCGAGGAGGAAUCGGGAGCAGUGAGUACUGUCUACAUUACGGAUGAAGAUGACAAAGAACAUGACUUCCAAAUAAGGGUUCCUCCAUAUUCUGAUAUCAGCAAACUUCCCCAAGACAAUCCACUCCUUAAUAGAGUAGUGGAGAUACGUCACCGUGGUCCCUGCGAAAAAGCCGAUGUAAGAAUGAGGAAAUACAGCGACGCUCGUGACUUUAAAGUGCAUCUUGAGCAUGUCCUCGACAAGAAUAUCUAUGAGGCCUUUCUCGCAGGAUCAGCCCUGGGACUUAUACCCUCAACUGGUAAACGCUCAAAGUAUGGACCCAUUCCAAUUGAGUUCUGGUUCAAGAUGGAGAAUCUCGACUUGAGCUUAGAGCCCAAAGCACCUAAACUCCCUGGAGGCAGAGAACUGGAAAGACUCUUCGAACGUGCGUAUGAGUGUUUAGGCAGCAAGAAUAACGACCAGGUCUUUAUGAUUGCUGACGAAGAUAUCAACGAUGCCAAGAAUUUUAUGCUUCGCUUCCAAAAAAGGCCCUCUAAAACUAGUAUAGAGGACAAACUAGACCCGGAGGGCAAGUCGAAAGACGAAUGGAAACAGGACGCCAGGGUAAUAGUCGGACGAAUCCGUGCAAGAUUCAGCGUGUUUAGAUACAUGAAUCUGCCCGAAACCCUGGUCAGGUUAAACAAGAUCGUCAAGGAUGUAUAUGUGCAAUUGAAGUUUGCCGAGAAUGUCUACAACAAGGGACAUCCUGGCGCGAAUGUCCAGAUCGCCAACUACUGGCUUGACUGGAUCAAGGGUUACUAUGCGAAAGUGGUCAGCGAGUUCAAGAAGAACAUGGCGGAUAUGGUUGCACAGAUCCACGAACUGAUGGAGGAUGAGGGUGUGGAGGAGAGACAUGCCAGCCAGAUGCGCGAGAUGAUGGCGCAAUUUGAGGAGAUGGCAGGUGAUGGUGAUCGGAUAAGGAUUGAUACUUCGGGGUUUCCGGCUUUUAACAGUCCUAUUACUGAACCUAAAGAUAUAAAGGAAGAUAAAGAUACGGAGAUGGGAGGGACUUGA